UUGCAAAAGACAGAAAUAGUUAAAGCAACUAAUGACCCAACCAUAGAAAGCAAUAAUUCAAUAAGAUAUUGAAAUCUUCCUCAACUUCUAUUCACAUUUUUCACGCUAAUUUCUUCUUCAUAAUCUUUUCAAAACUCCAGUCCAGCACUAAGAAAUUAAAGGUUUGUUCAAAUUACAGUGGAAAUGGAGGAAGUUAGUAACAAGCAGAUCAUAUUAAAGGAUUAUGUAAAUGGUUUUCCUAAGGAAUCAGACAUGGAAUUGAAAAUCAGCACCAUAAAAAUGAAGGUUCCAGAAGAUUCCAAAUUUGUGUUGGUGAAAAAUCUGUACUUGUCGUGUGAUCCUUACAUGAGACCUCGUAUGAAGAAAACAGAGGGCAGUUAUACUGAUUCUUUUACUCCUGGCUCUCCUAUAGUGGGGUUUGGAGUGGCUAAAGUUGUGGAUUCAGCUCAUCCAAAAUUCAAGAAAGAUGACUUAGUUUGGGGAAUUACUGGAUGGGAAGAAUACAGCAUUAUUAAAGCUCCUGACAGUCUAUUCAAAAUUCAUAAUACAGAUGUGCCUCUUUCCUACUAUACAGGAAUCCUUGGGAUGCCUGGAAUAACAGCUUAUGGAGGUUUUUAUGAGCUAUGCUCCCCAAAGAAGGGAGAAACUGUGUAUGUUUCUGCUGCAUCUGGAGCUGUAGGCCAGCUCGUCGGACAAUUUGCAAAGCUGUCGGGUUGCUAUGUUGUUGGAAGUGCUGGAAGCAAAGAAAAGGUUGAACUAUUGAAGAACAAAUUUGGGUUUGAUGAAGCAUUUAACUAUAAAGAGGAACAGGAUUUAUCUGCAGCUUUGAAGAGGUAUUUCCCCGAUGGAAUUGAUAUUUACUUUGAGAAUGUUGGAGGAAAGAUGCUUGACGCAGUUCUUCUGAACAUGAGAAUCCAUGGACGGAUCGCUGUAUGUGGGUUCAUCUCACAAUACAACCUCGAGCAGUCUGAAGGAGUGCAUAACUUGUUCUGUCUCAUCUCAAAACGAGUCCGUAUGCAAGGAUUUUUGGCUGCUGAUUACUUUCCCCUUUAUCAAAAAUUUGUUGAAAUGGUUACUCCACACAUAAAAGAAGGGAAGGUAACAUAUGUGGAAGACAUAGCUGAAGGCAUUGAAAGUGCACCUGGUGCUCUAGUUGGCCUCUUCUCGGGUCGUAACGUUGGCAAGCAAUUGGUACUUGUUUCUCGUGAAUAAACUUGUAAGUCGGGGUUGAAGGCUAGCUCACUUGGUGAGUUCCCUGCCUUCCACAAUUGAGGUGGAGGGUUCAAACCCUGUCCGAUGUGGAACGGGGCGUCACAAUAUGUUAUCAAGUAUGCAACUCUGUAUAGAUUAAAAGUUGUUUGAGUUUAAAGUUUGUAACAAUUGUGUUGGUAAUGGUUUUUGUUUAAUGCAAGUGUCUGCUUAAAGGUUUGUGCUGCUAAUUUAUGUAGCUGCAAUAUGUUAAUACUUUGGGCGACUUUGCUGUAAAGUUUAUUAUAUUCUUAAAGUAUAUUAUAAAGGAAAA